AUGUCAGCACUGUCAGUGGUGCUUGGUGCACUCAGUCCAGCUGUCCAGUCCUACAGCUGGCAUGGCUGGGACCUCUUGAACCGAAUGGCAUGUGCAUCGCUUGGAUUCUACAGUCUCUUCUCUGUGAUGGUCCAUCAGUUGCAAAGGGAGUACCCCGAGGAUGAGCUACCAACAGCCAGCAUCACCAUCAGGGCAUUUAUUCGUGGCGUCCUUCUUCUGCGAGCAGUCUCACGAGCAUUUUGCUUUUUGGCAGCGUGGCUCUACUUGCUCCUGAUCUUGGAUUGCUUGAUUGACUGCAUUUGGUGGCAUGAAGGUUCAGGAACACCAUUGGGUAUUCUGGGCCCUUUAGCCUGGCUUCUGAAUGCCGACGGCCAUGAGCUUUCACAUCCAUUUGCCAAUGAGAAAUCCAUGAUAUUCUGCAUGAAUUUGAUCUCCGUUAUCUCUCAGCAGCGUUUGGUCGAGGUGUUAGCUCGUCGAGAAGUGUUGCUACGAUUAAUUGGUGCCGAACGAGUAAUGGCCUCGACUAUUUGCUUGCUGCUGAAAGGUGUGUCCGUGGCAUGCACUCCUUCUAAAAGCCAAAACCCCAUUGCUGAGUUCCUGGUACGGGUUGCCCCUCCUCCAGCUGCAUGUGUGGCAAUCAUAGCUCUGCGUGAUCAUGCUAUGCCACUUGGAAUUGCUGUGGUGGCCACGCCUCGGAUGACUGUGACGUUUGGCAGUUCUAGUUGCCUUAUCCUCGGACUACUUGGAGGUGCUUAUGCUGCCCACGCAGUGCUGUCUGUGUGGUACCUGCACCGAGCAGACUUGGAUUCUGCCGCACUCCGUUUGGCCAUGCUCGCUCAUCAAGCCAUGAGCUUCUAUGACGCUGCCUUCACAGUCGCGCUUCCGUCGCCCUCCCGGACACAGCUGGUGCAACAACGUUGGCAUGCCAGAACAUCAUCGAAGUUGAUCCAGGGCCCGAAUUGGCAACCACAGGCUAUGCUGGCAUCAGCGAGUGCAGGUGUUGGGGCUGUUGCUGCAUGCGCACAGAGGAGGCCCAGACCUUUUCCGAGGUCGCAAAUCAAGCGACGGGCAUUUUUCGAUUUUGCAUCGCAGCCUUCGAAAAAGACUGUCAUUAUCACUGGGGCGUCUUCAGGACUUGGACUUGCAGCGGCGAAAGAGCUUGUCAAGAGCGGCGAGUGGCGAGUGAUCUUGGCAUGCCGUGAUUUUGUCAAGGCUGAACGUGUUGCCAGGGAGAACAAUUUCCCUCAGGAGAACUACCUUGUGCUACACCUUGAUCUUGCUGCAAACAGCAGCGUGAGACAGUUUGUAACCACAUUUCGCUCGCUCAACAUUCCGCUUGAUGCUUUGGUGUGCAAUGCGGCUGUCUACUUCCCAAACGCUCACAAAGAGGGAGCCUUCUUUCCUGGGCUCUUCCCAGGUGGUGGUCCCAGGUGGUCAGCAGAUGGCCAUGAGUUGAGCUUCGCGACCAACUACUUAGGUCACUUCCUGUUGUGCAAUCUUUUGCUGGAAGACCUCAAGAAGAGCACCGUGAAGCCAGCUCGCUGCAUCAUUCUUGGCACAGUGACUGCCAGCAUCAACGACAAGGAGGUCGGCGGCAUGAUCCCUCCUGUGGCGGAUUUGGGUGACCUGAAAGGUCUCGAAUCUGGUAUGCAGAAGCCGACCACCAUGAUCGACAAUGGUCGAUUCAAUGGAGCCAAAGCAUACAAAGACAGCAAGGUGUGCGAUGUGAUGCUGAUGAGGGAACUCCACAAGCGUCAUCAUGCGAGCACCGGGAUUGCUUUUUCGUCUCUCUAUCCAGGUUGCAUCGCUGACACGAACCUAUUCAGAGAGCACUAUCCGGUGUUCAGGUUUUUGUUUCCCAUUUUGCAAAGGGAGGUCACCAACGCGUACGUGAGCGAAGAAGAGGCUGGAAGAAGAUUGGCAAAGUGCGUUGCAGAUCCAGCCUACGCUCAGUCAGGUGUCUAUUUUUCCUGGGGUGGUGAGUCUGGAACCGGAGGUGCAGGUGGGACUGAUGCAGUGGAGAACAUGGACGCCAGCAAUGACAGGUUCUUGCAGUACGGCAGCUUCCGAACUCUCAAAGAGAGCGAGAUUGGUGGAGAUGCUGGUGAUGAUGCAAGGUGUAAGAGGCUUUGGGAAUUUAGCGAGAAGCUUGUUGGAGAGCGUUUCUCCUGA